AUGUCUCUUCAAGGACUCAUCUCUGGCUCAGAAUGCGCCGUCCCAUUCAAUCCUCUUUCUCAGGUACUGAAGCAUACCGAAGGCGAUCGCAGUCUCCAGCAGGACCGCAUUGCAGGGCCAUCCUCGUCUCGGCUGCAUCAUCUUCCGAGUACAUCCAAUACUCCUGGAACAGAGCGUGAUGUCGCACUCGCACGCCAGUUCUUUGAUGGGCAUGAUGGGCACACGCAAAUGCCUAGUCUCGGGCCCGCCUUCGUCGCCAAUCAUCUACCUCCGCAACUCAUGCGUCCCGCAGACAUUGCCGCGCGGUCGGCACCCGAUCUCAGCGGUGCCUGGGCAGAAGCCAACGACAGAGCGAUGUUUCACCGGCAGCUGGGUCGCAGUGAUACUGCGUCCUCUCCCGCCGCAGGUUGGACGGCAGAAUUUAGCAGGAUUCCCCAGACGACGGUCUCAGGAAGCGCACAAGAGACCAAUUUCUCUACUGGCGCCUACAAUGGGAUGGGAUAUGGGCCAAUGAUGCACGGCUCUGGUUUCAGCGCCAUGUCGGUGCCUAUGCUCAGCGUGGACAAAGGCAAGGGAAAGGGCAAAGAGAUCGACUUUGAUGCAGCCUUCGCCGAAGCUUUCGCAUCGUUGACCGCUGAGAAAGCAGAAAGCGGACGCAUAGUCGAUGUAACCGACGAGCAGGUGGAGGGAAGCGCCGACACAGUCGAAUAUGGUACUGACUUUCAAAUGGUUUGGGAUAAACUUCAGAAGUCGGGCUUGCCUCCGCCGCAGGAGGAUGUGGCCAAAUGGGAGUCCCAGUUCAAUCAGUUGAUGUCUUCACAUCGGGAAGAGGAUAUACUCGACUACGGCGGCAGCAUGCAACGCAGCUGGGAAGAUGGUAUGGGACUUUAUGACUCUCAGCGUAAUGAAAGACAAGUGGGCUUCACCGAGGACGGGUUGCCGCUGUUAGGCCCGUAUGAAUUCGAGAAAGAGAACAGACACAUGGAUCCCUCAACAUCGAGUCAGUCUCAUCUGCGCGCAGCGAAGGAGUUGCUUGAGCAGAACGGAUCGCUCUCUGAGGCAGCGCUGCUGCUCGAAGCCGCUAUACAACAGGGUGAUCUGGGCACAGGCGGCUAUGAGGCGUGGAUCCUGCUGGGUGAGACGAGAAGUAUGGAUGAACGUGAAGAGGCAGCGAUGCGCGCGCUAACCGAGGGGAUCAAACGGGCAGAGGAUGCUGGUGCCGCGGGUGAAGGCAUGCUAUCCCUGGCCGUAGCAUACACCAACGAGACCUACGAGCGGGCGUCACACACGAUGCUUUUGCGCUGGCUGAGUGCUCGCUUCCCGACAUUCGAUAUACCCAGAGAGGCAUGGGAAUCGCUCUCGCAGUCUGGCUGGCAUUCUCACGAGCGUGUCACCGAGGUGUUCUUGAACCUCGCUCGCGAGCAAUAUAGCCGGGGCGAGAUGGAUCCUGACGUACAGAUUGCCCUGGGUGUGCUGUUCUACACGAACAGCGAAUAUGAUAGAGCUAAAGACUGCUUCGAAGCCUCACUUGCGGUCCGACCUAAGGACUACUUGCUAUGGAAUAGAAUGGGCUCCUGCCUCUCGAAUGGCAACAAACCGGAAGAGGCACUGGGUGCCUACCGGGAAGCAUUGCAGUUGCGACCUACGUACACUCGGGCGAUCUAUAACGUGGCUGUCGCUUGCCUUAAUAUAGGAGCACACAAGGAAGCCGCGGAACAUCUGCUGAGCGCUCUGGCGAUGCAGGACCUGUCAGGAGGUGCAAAGAGCGACCAGCUAUGGCAGACGCUUCGGCGAGUGUUGUUGGCCAUGAAUCGGAGUGACCUGGCCGAGAUGGCGAAGUCCACGACGAACGUGGAGGUGUUCCGGAAGGAGAAUUUUGAUUUUUAGCUGUGACGCUGUACACUACUUUUUUGCUUUCAUCUCAGUGUUGACUCUACCA